GAGGAGAACAGCGGCCUAAGCACAAAGCGAUACCUUAGAAGACAUCUCACGCACAACAACAUGUCUUCUCUCAGAGUGCGCUCCACAAUGGCACGCCGCCUUGAUGGCCGCGUCGCUACUCCCUUCUUGAUGUCUGCCAGACACAUGCACAGCACUCCCAAGGAACAACACUCCAUGACAGCUCCUCAGGUGGCUACUCUCCCCAACCACAUCCCUGGAUCAAAGGUCACUAAGACCAACAAGACUCCCGCUCUCGCCGUUCUGCCUCUCUCCAUGGUCCUCAGAACUUACAUGAUCACCUCCAUCUCAUGCAAGCCCGCACUUUUGUCUGCCUGCUUCAAGGCUUUGACUGCCAUGCUCCACGCAAAGGGUCCGAUCUUUAACGUCGAACGUAACCCUCUGCUCAAGCUCAUUCUCAGAGAGACUUUCUACAAGCAGUUCUGCGGUGGUGAGACCAAGGCCGAAGUCCGCGCCACUCGCGCUCAAUUGCAAAGUCUUGGUUACUCUGGUGUCAUCUUCGAGUACGCUCGCGAGGUCCUGUCCGACAUUCCCUCGAAUGAUACCGCUGGCGAUGUCGAGAUGUGGAGAAAGGGUCUUCUCGAGACCGUCGAGGCCGCUCAGCCUGGCGACAUCAUUGGCCUGAAGUGGUCUGGUAUGGGUGGCUACGCUAUGCAGCUCCUCAAGCAGGGCAAGCAGCCCAUCGACAUCAUGGAGAGUGCCAUGAAGGAGAUUUGUGACGCUGCUUCCGCCAAGCGUAUCGCUCUCGUUCCCUCUGCCGAAGAAACCACCACCAACCCCAUGAUUGACGCCUGGACCUUGAACUUGCAGAAGAUUUACAACAAGCCCGAUAACAUCGUUCUUUACAACACCUACCAAUGCUACCUCAAGGGCGCACCUGCUUCUCUUUCCAGCCAUCUCCACCAGGCCAAGACUGAGGGUUUCACUCUCGGUGUCAAGCUCGUCCGUGGCGCCUACUUGCACUCUGAGCCUCGCGAGAAGAUUUGGGACACUAUUCAAGACACUCACCGCGCUUACGAUGGCAUGGCUGAAGCUGUUCUUACCCGCACCUACAACGACAUUGUUAAGCCCGCUGCCCACGACGAUGGUGUCUUCCCCCGCAACGUCGGCCUCGUCCUCGCAACCCACAACGCCGACUCCGUUCGCAAGGCUCAGGCUAUCCGCACCAACCAGCUCCGUUCCGGCGAGGAGAGAGUUCCUUGCGCCUACGCUCAGCUCCAGGGUAUGGCCGACGAGGUCAGCUGCGAGCUCAUCAGCGCCACUCAAGCCAAGCCUGAAGAGAUGGUCGACAUCCCUCGUGCUUACAAGUUGACCGCCUGGGGCUCCAUGACCGACUGCCUGAACUACCUCCUCCGCCGCGCUGCUGAGAACAAGGAUGCCGCCACCCGCACCGUCGAGAGCAGAGAUGCCAUGCGCGGUGAGAUCUUCCGCCGCAUCAAGGCCACCUUCGGUCUCGCAUAAGCUUCCUCUCUCUCCACGACUUCUCUGAUCCCCCAGAAGUCCGAUUCUUCUUGAUGAUAACGAUGGUUGGCAAAACAUGGCAACUGGACAG